UCAUGCACAGAGAGAAAAGAAUCCCAUCGUCCAUACGCCAUCGUUCUCCCCCUCUGAAGAAAACCGAGCCCCGAACAUGGAGGUUGCUGCUCCGGCGACUCGGACCAACGGCUCCUCGCCUUCCCGCCGCCCGGCGCUCGGCGCCAAGUCGGCCUCCUUCCGCCUCCACUCCCCGAGCCUCAACUCCCUCCGCCUCCGCCGCAUCUUCGACCUCUUCGACAAGAACGGCGACGGCCUCAUCACCCCGAAGGAGCUCUCCCAGGCCCUCGCCCUCCUCGGCCUCGACGCCGACCUCUCCGACCUCGAGUCCAUCCUCCGCGCCCACAUCAAGCCCGGGAGCGACGGCCUCCGGUUCGAGGACUUCGUCGCCCUGCACCAGUCCAUCGACGAGGCCUUCUUCGGCGGCGGAGGAGACGAGGCCGCGGCCGAGGCGGGGUCGCCGUCGCGGGAGGAGGCGGACCUGACCGAGGCGUUCAAGGUGUUCGACGAGGACGGCGACGGGUUCAUCUGCGCCCGGGAGCUGCAGGCGGUGCUGGCCAAGCUGGGGAUGCCGGAGGGGGAGGAGAUGGGGCGGGUCGAGCGGAUGAUCACCACCGUCGACCGGAACGACGACGGCCGCGUCGACUUCUUCGAGUUCAAGGACAUGAUGCGGAGCGUCCUGGUCAAGAGCUCUUGAGCCUCCGUAGAAAAUUUCUCCAUUAGUCAUCAUCGCAGACGAGCUGCGAUCGUCGUCGUCUUUCACUUUGUAAUAAAAUUCCUCCGCCUAUAAUAAUCGUUCCAAUGUACCAACGUUUGAUCUUCGAUCGUGAAAAACUUGCUGGACCAGACAGGUACGUCGGAUCGCUCGCGAGUCCUGAUGCUUGUUUCUUGAUCUUUCCAUGGUUACCCACGUUGAAUUCUCUCCCUAUUUUCUUAGUACUGUUCUUAUUUCAUCA